AUGGUGUUGAAGAACAUGGAUGAAGCCCAGAUGACCUGGCCUCAAGGUGACAAAUUUGUGGAGCUUGAGAGUCUAGUGGUUGAAAGACAUCCAUUGCUCAUCGGUGCAUUUGGAGUGGUUGAUGGUCUCAAAAUUCCAGUUCAGGUGUCAUAUACAGAUGAUGAGAUGGAGAAUGCAACUUACAAUGAAUGGUUACAUGAACACUUCAUUAACAAUGUACUUGCAUUUUCACCCAAAGGUGUUAUCAUUGCAUGUACACUCAAUGCACCUGGAAGCUGGCAUGAUUCGAGUGUUGCUAGGCCAAUUUAUGAUAAGCUAUUGAAUCACACGCCUGAUGGCUACUAUCUUGUCGCUGACACUGCAUUUCCUCGUGGUGCUGACAGCAUUUCGGGAAAGAUUUGGGCACCAGUGAAGGAUGGUACACACUUGCGCCAAGCCGCACAGGCUCGCCAACAGCUUCUGGAUUUUGAUAAUGAGCUGCUCUCCUUCAGACAAGCUGCAGAAUGGGGGAUGCAGACCAUGCAAGGAAGUUUUGGCUGUCUCCAUGUGCCAAUGAAGGCUGGCGAUCAUGAAGGGGGAGGUGAUUCAUUAGAGAUAUGUUUCCGACUUUUCAAUCUAUGUGCACGAUGCAUUGGGUAUAACCAGAUACGGAGUGUCUACAUGCCAAUAUGGGUAGUGAAUGAACAGGAACAAAUCUGGAAGGAUUUCGAGAAUGUGGUUUUUGGGGAGCAGCGCAGGCAGGAUAGAGUCCGACGAUUUUAUCUAGAUCAAGGGAGUGUUGUCUAA